AUGUUCGUGGAGAAGACCUUCGCAGUUCUGAUUGCAGCAGUCUAUGGUUUUACUUCGGUGUGGGUAUUGGCGGAGGCCAAAUUUAUACCUCUUGGCUCAGAGGUGUGGAUAUUCGGUGUCGCCUUGGUCCCAGUUGGCCUUUCUGUGCAUGCUCUCCGAAAGAGCUUCUUGUCGAAGCACCAGCUGCUGACAGCGCUGACGAACUUCGAGCUUGAGAGUUCCACCUGCAGUUCUGACUUCGACAGGCGCUUUAUCCUCCGCUGCAUCCGCAGAUGGUAUGGCGGGCCAGAGCAAUUCGAAAGCUUUGUUCGCAAGGACCUGCGGGAGGAGCUUCUCGCACAAAUCAGACAAACCAGCUUCCGAUCUGGGUAUUACCUGGUGACCGUGGUGCCAUCCGUUUGCGCCGGCUUAGACAGCCUAGUGUGCCUCUGGAGAGGACAAGCUCCGACUGAAGCUGUGGUGACACACUUCGUCUGCUUGGUGCUGGCCUUCGACAUCUGUUGGAUAGUGAUCACCUUCAGGCUUGUGCUGCUGCUCUCAGAUGGCUCUGCGCAGCUAUGCUUGCGCUUCCGCUUCUUGAAUUAUGCCAUCUCCUUGAUGAUCUUCUUGGCAAGCGGCAUGCUUUUCAUGGUCGGGCUCGUCGGGUCACGCCUGGCGCGGAAUACCUUGAGCGUUUCCACGGCUGUCGGUUGGCUGGCCCUUUCGUGCAUCCUCAUGGCUCUCACUUCUGAUUCUGGGUGGCGUCAGGUCAGAGCCCUCCGAAGGAGGUCCAAGGUCUGA